UGACUGGAGUGAAGCCACUUCCGGUCUCCUCUGGCGCCUUCCGCAGUUCUCUUCCGGGUGAUAGAGGCCGAUACCCCGGAUGUAGCCCAGGCGAAAGCAUCUUUCCUUUUUUUUUUCCUUUUUCUCUGGCUCCCCAGCUUGAGGAAGGACCUUCUGCCCAAUCAUGCCAAAGAGAAAAGUGACCUUCCAAGGCGUGGGCGAUGAGAAUGAGGAGGAUGAAAUCAGAGUUCCCAAGAAGAAGCUGGUGGACCCUGUGGCUGGGGCAGGGGGUCCAGGGAGCCGCUUCAAAGGCAAACAUUCCCUGGACAGUGACGAGGAGGAUGAUGAUGAAGAGGGAUCCAGCAAAUAUGAUAUCCUGGCCUCCGAGGAUGUAGAAGGUCAGGAAGCAGCCACACUUCCCAGUGAAGGAGGUGUGCGGAUCACACCCUUCAAUCUGCAGGAAGAGAUGGAGGAAGGCCACUUUGAUGCUGAUGGCAAUUACUUCUUGAACCGGGAUGCUCAGAUCCGUGACAGCUGGCUGGACAACAUUGACUGGGUAAUAAUUUCUGUUACAGGUGAAAUCAGGGAGCGGCCACCUGAUCAGCGCCAGACCUCAGACUCAGAGGAGGAGGAUGGCCUGGGACAAACACCAAUGAGUGCCCAAGCCCUCCUGGAGGGACUUUUGGAACUACUCUUGCCAAGAGAGACAGUGGCUGGGGCACUCAGGCGUCUGGGGGCCCGAGGAGGAGGCAAAGGGGGCAGCAAGGGGCCUGGGAGGCCCAGUUCCCCCCAGCGCCUAGACCGGCUCUCUGGGUUGGCUGACCAGAUGGUGGCCCGAGGCAACCUUGGUGUGUACCAGGAAACAAGGGAACGAUUGGCCAUGCGGCUAAAGGGGUUGGGGUGCCGGACCCAGGGACCCCAUGACCCCACACCUACACCCUCCCUGGACAUGUUUGCUGAGGAAGUGACAGAGGGGGAGCUGGAGACCCCAACCCCUACGCAGAGAGGAGAAGCAGAGUCACCAGGAGAUGGUCUGGUGGAUGUGAUGUGGGAAUAUAAGUGGGAGAACACAGGAGAUGCUGAGCUGUAUGGUCCCUUUACCAGUGCCCAGAUGCAGACCUGGGUGAACGAAGGCUACUUCCCGGAUGGUGUUUAUUGCCGGAAGCUGGACCCCCCUGGUGGUCAGUUCUAUAACUCCAAACGCAUUGACUUUGACCUCUACACCUGAGCCUGCUGAGGGCCCAAUUUGGUGGUCCCUUCUUUCCUGGACUUGGUGGAGGUGGCCCAGCUGCCUCAGGCAGUGAGGAUAUUGGAGGCUGCUUUUCAGUUUCCCCUCCCAAUAAAAGUGUUGAGUGUGCAUUAGGGCCUUGGCUGUGCUAAUGGCCAAAGGCCAGGGGCCUUCUCCAUAGCCCUUUUGGCCUUGCUUCAGUCCUUGAGUGUUUCCUUCCAUGAAGUUCCUCACUGGAAGUUUCUGAUGUCUUAGACCACCUCGCCUUUGUUUACCCCCCUUAUUGGUAGAAAUGGAACCUGUCAGGUGUCCUGUAGGUCCCCUCCUACCCAGACUCUGCUCACCAUGUAAAAAUCCCUUCACUCACACUCUAUUCUCCAGUCUUCUCUGGGGAGUUCUUGUUCUGCUGUUCUUAGGUCUUUGACUUUCAGGACCUUAUGUCCCCCAUAAGGAAUAGAGCCCUAGAACUGGAGAUUUUAGGCCUGGAAGGGUGGGAAAAUCUGGAAGACUUUGGAACCCUGUUGAGGAAGGGAAGCCUCUAGUACAUUGUCUUCCCACUCAAGCUGCUUAGAGGUCAGACAGAAGUGGGAUGGGUAGGUCAGGAUCAUCUAGAGUCCCACAGAGGUAAGCACCAAUAUCUUUCCUAAUCUGGUUCCUCUAUUGUAGCAGUUCUCACAACACUUAGGUGAAGUGUGAAUUGUUUUGGCACUUACAGGGCCUUUCAGGGCCAUCAGGGCCAAUCGUGCAUUAUGAAGAUAUAGAGAGGGGCAGCAACUUACUGGAGGUCUCAUAGUGAAUCAAAAAGCUGGCCUAGACCCAGUGGGCUCCUUUCCCAGACCUUUGUUGAUGCAAAGCCUUUUUUUGCUUGGCCUUUGAGACUCUACAGCUUAUAUUUGUGUCUGGCCCAAGAGCUAGUACUUAGAGAAAACAGAUAAAUGGGCUGGUCCUCUUCCAGGAAUUCCAGGUGUGGUGGGAAGAGACAGGUAUAAUUCUACAACCUGGAUAUAACACCCUCACCACCCACCAGUGCUGCCUUAUGCCUUGCCUCAGUUACACCAAGUUAGAUUGGUUUUCUAUUUUUCCACCUUGGCUGUCCAUUGGAAUUUACUGGGGAGUUGUAAAACACUUCUCCUCCAAGAUACUGAUCAAGAUGGCCUGUGGCCUAAGUGAUUGGUUUUUUAGAAGCUUCCCAGGUGUUUCCAGGAAGAUAACUGACAACCACCAGGCAUGACUCCUGUGACUGAGGCACACUUGUAGAGAAGCCAGUUCCUCCACUGUGAUGGGGCAGCAGAGGUGAGCAUGUAUGUGGCUGUUAAUUGCAGGAGAUCUGAGCACCAAAGCCACAAGAUAAAAAGGAGCCCCAGUGUAGCAGGAACCAGGCUAGGAACUAGGAAAGAUAGGGGCCAGGCUGGAUGGGGAUACUUGAUUGCCCCUGCCUCCCACGGAGCUGGGGCAUUGAACUCAGGGCCUCAUUACUAGACAAGUGCUUUGCCACUGAGCCACACCCCCAGCCCACUUGAUGUUCUCUCAAGCCAACCAACUUGUAAGGCCCACUCUAGUAUCAGCCCAGGUCAGAAUUUCCUUAACUCCAAGAAACUAUUGGCGGUAGGAUACUUUGAGUGUCAAUAAGAAAGAAAAUAGGGCUGGGGAUAUAGCUCAGUUGGUUGAGUGCUUGCCUCACAAGCACAAGGCCCUGGGUUCAAAUCCCCAGUACCACAAAAAAAAAAAAAAAAAAAGAAAGAAAGAAAGAAAGAAAAGAUAUCUAUUUCCUGCCAGUUACAGUUGGAAAUAUCAUUGAUUAAAAGGUACUUGAUUUCAAAAUUUUUCAGAAGUGAAAAGCAGGUCUCUUAAACUAGUGAAAUAGUGUUUGCCUUUAUAGGCCGUGACUCUUAAAAGGUGCCUAGUCAGUAUUUGAUGAAUAUGUGGAAGCCAAGGACAGUUCUGGAUGUCCUAUAGGCACCUCACACUCCACCUAUCCAAAUUUGACUUCAUUUUCCCCUCAUAACCUCCUGAGUGCAUCUCAUUGAUGUGAAUUGGACAGAAUAAUGGCCAGGAUAACUAUGUCCUGAAUUCCAGAACCUGUGAAUGUUACCUUACAUGGCAAAGGGAUUUGGAGAUGUGAUAAAGUUAAUUUCAAGAAGAGAUUACCCUGAAUUAUUGAGGUGAGCCAGUCUAGUCACAGUGGAAUUUAUGAGUAAAAGAGGGAAGUCAUGAGGGUCAGCAAGAGAGAGGAGAGGACUUCAUGCUGCUGGCUGUGAAGAUGGAAGAAAGGGCCAUUUGCCAAGGGAUGCAGGUGGCAUGGAAAAGCUGGAAAAGCAGAAAACAUUCUUCUCUAGGAACUCCACAAAGAAAUGCAGCCCCCUCACAUGACAUUAGCCCAAUGAAAACCACUCUGGACUUCUGACCUCUAGAACUGUAAGAAUAAAUUGGUGUCGUUUUAAGCCUCUUGAGUUCAUAGUCAGUCAAUACAGCCCCAGUAGGAAAUGAGUGUGCACGUACCCAGCUGCAUUCCUGUCCUGGACAACCACCUAAUAGUCCCUGAGUUUUCCCUGUGGCCCCAUUCAACUCUGUUAGCCUUUAGGAUUAGGAUAGCUGCUUGCUAUGUGGGCCUUGUAACCCAUCUGCAUAUUGAGUGCCCUUUUAUUUAAAAAAAAAAAAAACAUAUAUAUAUAUAUAUACACACACAUACAUACACACAUAUUUUGAGAUGGGGCCUCUUUGUU